CGGAAUACCCAAAAGUACUGUCGUGUUACUCUCUCACCUUCCUUUCCUUCCACCACCGCCCCACGACUGUUCAUCAAUGGUGAGUUUGUGUAGGUGAGAGAAAGGAACAGAGAGAUAUACAGAAAGCCUGAUUUAGGUAAUUCAAUAUGGUAAAAUGAAAAAUGUUUUGUGAGAAUUUAUCUCCUUUUUCCUUCUUUUGAAUCUGACUCUUUUAUUAGUAUAUAAUUUGAGGGAAAGAUUUGAGAGAAAAAGUAAAAGAUGGGUUGUUGUUAUUCAAGAGUAGAGAGGCAAGAAUUGGUUUCACGAUGCAAGGCUAGAAGGAAGUACAUGAAGCAGUUUGUGAAGGCCAGACAAGCUUUUUCAGCAGCACACAGUACGUAUCUCCGCUCUCUCAGAACCACCGGCUCCGCCCUUCUCCAGUUCGCCACCGGCGAGACUAAUCUUCAUUCCCACCAAAACACCCACCAUCAACACCAUCUUCCUCCGCUGCCACCUUCACCACCCCCGCAUCCUACAAGGAGCACCACAUCCGAAGCAACAACAAGAAGCUCCUCUGCCAUCCACCCACCGCCGCCACCGCCUCCGUUGACGCCGCCGUCUUCAUCUGGUUGGGAUUUCUGGGACCCUUUCAUGCCGUAUGCAGGAAGAUCAGUGGAUGAGGAGGAAUGGGAGGAGACAACCACUGGUUCUGAAGUGGCCAGUGUCCCGGCAGCCCCUCCGUCCGCCAUUGGUGGCUUUCCCAAGUACACCACCGCCAGGUCCACCACAACCACCGUCAGUAGUGAACUUGCUGUAGUCCCCACCACCAAAAGUAAAGAUCUGGGUGAGAUCAUGAAAGAGCUUGAUGACUAUUUUCUCAAGGCAGCUGAUGCCUGUGCUCCAGUCUCCCUUAUAUUGGAGAUCCCAACUUCUAAUUUCAUUGACCAAAGAUCUUUGGGUAAGGAUUACAAGUACGGGAAGAGUUUGAGCCACUCAUUAUGGACAUGGGGUUCGACCAGUGCAUUUAGGAAGUACAGUGUGGAUCCAGUUGGAAAUAGUAUGGAUUGUGUUGGCAUUGAUGGGAAUACCUCUAAUUGUUCAACAGUGGAGAAGUUGUAUGCUUGGGAAAAGAAACUCUACCAGGAGGUUAAGAAUUCUGAGACCAUGAAAUUAGAGCAUGAGAAAAAGGCUGCUUACCUGAGGAAGCUGGAGAUGAAGAGGGCUGACUAUGUUAAGACUGAGAAGGCCAAAAAAGAGGUUGAGAAGUUGGAGUCACACAUUUUGGUAGCAUCACAGGCCAUCGAGACUACUUCGGCUGAAAUUGUCAAAUUGAGGGAAUUGGAGCUCUAUCCGCAACUUGUUGAGCUCAUAAAGGGGUUGAUGAACAUGUGGAGAAGGAUGUAUGAGUGUCAUCAAGUUCAAACAGACAUAGUCCAGCAGCUCAAGUACCUCAACUGUAUUCCGUCCACUGAUCCUACUUCUGAAAUUCAUCGACAAGCAACUCUACAACUUGAAGCUGUAGCUCAACAGUGGUACCUCUCCUUCUGCAACCUCGUGAAAGCGCAACAUGACUAUAUUCAGUCCCUCACUGGCUGGCUCCGCCUCAGCCUUUUCGAAGUAUGCAACAAACCAUUUCAAAGAACCGUGCAAGACUCAGCCAUUUACUCCCUUUGUGAUGAUUGGCAGCGUGCAAUCACAAAUGCUCCCGAUAAAGUUGCGUCAGGGGGAAUUAAGAGCUUCCUAGCGGUGAUCCAUGCCGUUAUAGAGAAACAAGCUGAAGAGCAAAAGCAAAAAAAGAGGGCUGAGUCAGCAUUCAAAGAGCACGAGAAGAAGGUACUCGAGCUUAGAGCGCUCGAGUGCAAGUUUGGUCCUUAUUCAAUGCCCGAAAGUGAUUUAAGUAAGAAUCCGUUGAGAAAAAAACAAGCAGCCAUGGAGGCUUCAAGGGCAAAGGCUGAGGACGAAAAGGCCAUGUACGAAAAAUCAAUCAGUGUUACUAGAUUAGUGACAUUGAACAGCCUACAGAUGGGAUUGCCUCGUGUGUUUCAGGCAUUGACUGGUUUUGCCAACGUGUGCACGCAGACAUUUGAGUCGGUGCAAAACCGGACCAAAAGCGCCGAUGAUCACAACAGCAUGAAGUUGAUUUUACCUCAGUGAAUAUCUGCAGUCGAAGAGACUCGUUUUGUCCUCAAUUUUGACCCCAUGUAUAGAUGUGAAUGCACCCCUAUUCAACCUCUACCAUGUUGUUGGACCAGAGUGAUGCAGAUUAACAACAGAAAGUAUUUAAGAGCCAGUGAAAUAGUCUUGUUGAGGUACUGGAAAGAUGGUAAUAAUCCAUGGUUCAAUGUCUCCUUUUGAUAUGUAGUAGCAUUACUUGUUUUUUACUUUAGUUUUGAGUUCUAGAGGAAGUUCUUAUGUGCUUGACUGUUUUAACUUUAAGAAUUGACCAUGUUGGAUGAAGUACAGUGAUGUAAUAUAAUUUGCAAGACAGUUUCAAAUUAUCGUUUUUCAAAUA